CUCCAAGUCGGCCUAGAGCGUCGCUGAGUCUGGUUCCCCCCUUUUCUUACAGCGCUGGCCAGUAACCAGCGGUGGCGUCAGAGGAAGGGGAAACAACCCCAGAAAUGGAAAUUGAUGCAAUACGAUGCCAUAUGACCAAAGCGCCUGCCUCCAAGGCGCGGCUGCCACCGUAGCGCGCAAGGCCGCAGAGAAUGAAAUGAGUUGAUAUUGAACACAUCUUCUGACGUGAACAUUUAUCAUAAUGGGCAACAUUAACACCAAACGAAAUCCUCCACCAAAUAACAUGAAAAAGGGUACUAAUGUGAGUGCAGGCCAGAGAGACAUCAAGCAAAAUCAUGAAUUGUGUGGUCUGUCUCUUGAUACAGAAGAGAUCUCCACAAAUGUCCCAGAAGUUCAUAGCAGUGAUGAAGAUCCUGAGAAUGUGUUUUACAAGUUUGUGAUUCUGCAUAGUGGGAAUGAUAUAGAUGAAGCCAACCGUCUCCUGCAUCUACUACAAAAUAAAUUUUGUAUUAAACCUGGAAUAAUCUUUGCUGAAAUGCCUAGUGGCAGACAUCUCUUACAAAACUUAAAUGAUGCAGUGAAUAGGUCUGCAUGGACUAUUAUUUUGUUGACAGAACAUUUCUUGAGUGAGGCUUGGUGUGAAUUUCAGUCAUACGCCUCUCUGAUGAACGCUCUCAACAAACAGCAUAAAUACAACUCUGUCAUACCACUGAGGCCAUUGAAUAAUCCACUUCCAAGGGAGAAGACUCCUUGUGUCCUGCAAACCAUUAAUGCACUGGAAGAAGAUAGUCCUGGCUUUGCUAAACAAGUACAGAAGAUUUUCCAGGAGUCUAAAUAUAGGCAACAGAAAGCAAUAUGGGAGAAAGAAAGAACAAAUGAGUUGCACUAGAGCUUUUGGAAUGAUGAAAGACAGGCAUAAAAACAGUUAAAUAGAUAAUUAAAUUGAAGAAGGUAUAUUGGUUGCCUCAUUCAUGUUUGCUAAGUGAAACUAUUUUUCCUUUGACAAACUAACCUGCAGAAAGUUUCCCAGAACUGCAUUAUUUUUAUUACUUAAUAUCGAUAUUGUUUCAGUAGUAUUAUCAAGAUGUGGCCAAUCAUCACCUUGACCAUUUUAUUGAUAUAAUAUGCCACUUUCCCAUGCCUGAAUCUAUAUGUCUGGCUUCUCUUUAUAUUGUAAGCUCUACUAGGCAAAUACUGUGUCUUCCUUUAAGUUUGUACUGCUCCUCACAUGUUGUAGCUGUUACUGGAAUUAAAUACGGUAAUAUUAACAAUAGCUGCUACUGAGAGCCAAUAGAAGCGGCACAGGAUAGUAUCCUGUAAGGAAAACUAUUCUCUUAACAGAAAUAUAAGUAUGAGAGAUGCUUACCACAGUGUUACAAAACCAGGGACAUGCAUUCUGUGCCAUACAAAAUAUAUGCGGCUAUUUUGAGAAAUAAUCUCAAAAUGUGUGCCCUAUUUUUGUCAUGUUUGCAGUUUUUAAAAAGCAUAUAUUUUCUAAUGAUGCAUUUUGACUACAUGAGUAGAUGCAUUUUAAAAAUUAAAAUAAACACGUUUUCUUUCGCUAA